GCCUCGGCCCACGUGAAGCUCAGCUCAUCUUUUCAAAUUUUUUUGCCAUAUUGUGAACUAAAACAGUACUAAUAAAUUUUGGUGGGGUGUUGAUAAAAGUAUGAGAGAGAGUAGUGUGGUUACUCACCAUUGUAGGAAAAAUAAGGGAAUGAAUUAAGAGAGUGACUCAAGAUAAUGGAAUAUGAUGUGGAGGGAGAAAAGUAGGGAAGAGAAAAUAGCGAGUCAUUCCACCAUUGUGAGUGCUCUAAGAUAUCCCAUCGAUUCUCAUCCCGUUAUUUUGGCUCUCUACAAAAAAAAAAAAAAAAAAAAAAAAAAAAAAAAAAAAAAAAAAACAUAGUGCACGCUCCAUCUUCUUUGGUUAUUCAAAUCUUCAUCUUCUCUCUUCCCUUUCACAAUCUCAUUCGAUUCCUUAACAAUUUGGUCUUCCUACUUUCCUAGUAUCAUCUCUUCCUUGUUCCUGAAUUUGGGCAUCAAUCCAUUUUUCCAUUCUCAUUCAAUCUCCAUUUUCUCUCUCCUCCAUGAUCGACUCCCUCACAUGGCGAAACGAAACCACACAACCCCAUUAGGGUGCAUAGCCUGCGAUGAACUCAGUGAAUUGGGCGCAGGCAAAGAAUCAUGGCUAGUCGACAACCCCUUUAUUCUAUCUGCACUCGACACUCAUUCUCUUGCUCUUUCAAACAAGUCUUUGAUACUUAUAUUCGGGUGGUCCGAUGACCCGUUUGAUAAUAUCAAGGUUAAUAUCCACCCUGAGCUUUCCCCAAUUGGUGGGGAGUAUAUUACUGCCAUUGAAUGGCUUGUUUUUGAUGAUAUUCGUGUUCUUGCUGUUGGGAUUUCUUCUGGGUAUUUGUUGAUUUAUUCUUUGGAUGGUGGUUUGAUCCAUAAACAGAUAAUAUAUCCUACACGGAUUUUGAAGCUUCGAGUUCGUGGAACAAAAAGAGAUAUUUCACAAGAUAUAUCAAAUGAGGAGGUUUGCAUCGUUAUGGAUGGAGUGAUUGCACGUUUUGAUGGAUCUGAUUUACAGGAUAUGCUGCGGCGAUGGUUUCGAGAAACACAAACAAACUUUUGGGAUCAAAAGAGGAAGAAAAGGGACUUGGAUGAUUUUGAGAAUUCUUUUGAGAGAGUUCCUUACCAGCUGUGGAGCGUUACUAAAUAUGGAGCUUGUGCUGAUGCAGCAAUCACAGGUGUUAUGCCACCUCCACUAAUGGAGCUUGAGUCAAGCCAUCGCUAUUAUCGUGCAGUCACAAUCGGCAAUGAUGCUGUCAUUUCAGCAUACAGGCUUUCGGAAGACAAAAAUAGAUCUCUUGUUGGCGCUAUCUUAUCAAAAGUUGUUCCUGCAACAUUCUCAACAAUAGCUUCAUUCUCCAAAUUGUUAUGGAGAAGAGACAGAGCAUCACCAAAAAAAGCUGAACCAAAUCCCCAGUCUUUUGCCCGAGCUGCUUCUCUGACUUGUUUGAAAGAUCCGCCAAGAAAAGGAGAGAAGCUGACCUUGUCACCUAGCGGUACAUUGGCUGCUAUUACGGAUUCACUUGGUCGUAUAUUGCUCUUAGACACUCAAGCUCUUGUCGUUGUUCGAUUGUGGAAGGGAUAUCGUGAUGCCAACUGCCUUUUCAUGGAGAUGCUGGUCAAGAAAAAUCCUGCAUCAACUUCUUAUCACGAGUACAAGAAGAGCGAUUAUUGCUUGUGUCUUGCUAUUCAUGCUCCGAAAAAAGGAAUCAUCGAGGUGUGGCAGAUGAGAACAGGACCACGAAUUCUAACAAUUCAAUGCGCCAAGGGAAGUAAGAUUCUACAGCCGACGUACAGAUUCAGCUCGUCGAUGACGUCCUCUUCAUCAUACAUGCCUUUAGAGGUCUUUUUGUUGAAUGGAGACUCCGGUCAAUUGUCGGUUUUAAACAGAUCACUUCACUAAUUUGAUUUAAUUUACAUUCUUUUGUACGUAGUAUUUUAUAAGCUGUAAAAAUUCUCAUGUAUUUAUAAUAGUAACCAUGUAUACAUGUGCUUGAUGCAAGUCAGAUCGAUCGAAGUAUGUUGCAGCACUUUCCUGGGCAUUAAUUCUCCAGGGAUGAUGAAAAACUUGUAAAUUAUACAUUUUUAGAAACUCAAAUUAGACAUAGUCGUUCUUUUGCUUAA